AUGGAGAGAGAGAGCGAAAAGGCGAAACUCAAAACCCAUUUGAUAUUCGCGUAUGGCACGUUGAAGCGAGGAUUCCCCAACCACUAUCUGAUGGAGGAGCUGAUGAACCAAGACGACGCCGUUUUCGUUGGAGUCUACUUGACUGAGGAUCAUUACCCGCUGGUCUGUGGCCCUCACGGCAUACCUUACCUGAUCAACCUCCCCGGGUUGGGGCACAGGGUGAAGGGCGAGAUUUAUGCUGUGUCGGAGGGCGCGGUGGCUAAGUUGGAUGAGUUCGAAGGCGUGAGUUCCGGGUGCUACGAGCGGUUACCGUUGACGGUGGUUGCGCCGGUGGAGGAGGGUGGGGGAAGGGUGGAGGCGGAGGCGUAUUGGGGACACAGGAGGUUCGGGGAGGUGCUGUGGAAGACGAAGGGGGAGGUGGGGUUGAAGGAGUAUGGGGAGAAAGAAGCGAAGGAGUACGUGAGGAAGGAGAACAGACUGGGUGGCAGAAACAGUAUUCUUGACCUUGUUCCUUAA